AUGCCUGUCCUCACACCGGCCGCACUUACAAUGUGGCUAUGUCUGGCUGUGGCGGCCUCGUCUGUCGUGACCAACUCACGCGCCGCUGCCGACCCCGCGGUGCAACUGGUCAACGGUACGGUCAUCGGCACGGCAGAUGAGGCAACGCCAGACGUGCGCCAGUUCCUCGGCAUCCCCUAUGCCAAGCCACCCGUGGGCAGUCUUCGCUUCAUGCCUCCGGAGCCGGCAGAUGCGUUCCCUGGCGGCGAGCUUGCGGCUAAGGUGUUUCCGCCGAGCUGCAUGCAGUACCUAACAAAUAACGCCUCGGUGUGGACGCGCGAGAACCUCGGCUUCAACAUCGACGGGCUGAACCACACCUCGAGCCACCUCAGCGAAGACUGUCUGACCCUGAGCGUGUAUGCCCCCAGUGCAAGCGGUAGCAACCAGUCGUUGCCCGUGGUCGUCUUUCUCCACGGAGGCGGCUUCAUAUGGGGCGGCCAGGGCGAACCGUACCUGCAGCCGUCUGACUGGGUCCAGAGAAGCCAAGCACACAUUGUCGUCAUCCCGAAUUAUCGGUUGAAUAUCUUUGGGUAUCCAAAUGCGGCCGGCCUUGCUACCACGAGCCAGAAUGUUGGAUUGAUGGACCAGCGUCGCGCCAUCGAGUGGGUUCGCGAUAAUAUCGAGGCCUUUGGCGGAGACACGAGCCGUAUUACAUUAUGGGGUCAGAGCGCCGGCGGCAUAUCUGCCGGGUACUACUCGUAUGCAUACUUCGACGACCCCAUCGUCAGCUCAUUCGUCAUGGACAGCGGGACGGAAUUCGUAGACAGAACCACGAAUGACUCGACACAUUCGUUCUUCAGCUUCGUAGCGGCCCAUUUUGGUUGCGACACGUCCAACCCGAGUGCGGAGCUGGAGUGCAUGCAGAGCCAGGAUGCCAAGGCCAUAGAGGAUUUCAUACAGGAGCGUCAAGACGCCGGCUCUAGCCCUGUGAUCAAGUUCACGCCCAUAAUAGACGAGAAAAUUGUCUUCUCAAAUUGGUCCGAUCUCGCCCAGCAGGGGAGAAUCUCUACACUCCCUACAGUCGUCGGCUCAAACUUCGACGACGACAUUCCUUUCGUUCCUUACAGCCCUGAUGGGGUGAACAAGACUUUGGCGUGGGAGGGGACACUCCAAGCCAUGUUCUGUCCAAGUUGGAAAUCAGCAACCAUCCGGCUGGCAGCAAAUCCCGAUGCUUCCGUCUACCGAUACAUGUACUCCGGCAACUGGAGCAACAUCUCGCCGAAGCCGUGGUUGGGUGCCUGGCACGCAACGGAGCUGCCGAUGCUCUUCGGCACGUACGGGCUCUACAGCGCAGAAUGGGGCGCGUCGACCGACUUUGAGACGGCUACGAGCCAGGCUAUGCAGGACGAGUGGGUGGCCUUUUUGAGGGGUGCGGCACCGUGGACCCCGUAUAACGCCUCGACUGAUGUUGUACGGCAGUUUGGGAGCCAGGAUUCCGGCGAACCGGCUGUCGAUUCAGAGUUUGGCUGGAUUGAGGCGCACGACCCGGUGCAGCGGCGGGAAGGACGCGCAUCGGCCAGGUCCCAUCUCAAAGCGGCUGGACAUGUGUCGAGAACAGCGCAGCAGCGGAAAUUGGUUGCAGAGGCCGUACAGCAGCUGGACGGCAUUAUAUGCUCCCAGCAGCAGCUUCAAGAGACGUUUACGUUCCCAGAACCGGACUGGGCAGCGAAUCCGUUCUUACAGCCACCAGUGGAGGACAGGUUGGCUUGCCGGUCGUGUCGGCGGGCGGCAAGCGGCUGGUUUGAGGUAGAACGGCCAUCGAGCAGGCAGACUGCGAUCGCCGGAACCAAUGCAGGAACAGGCGGCAGCAGUAGCAGCAACAGCAGCAGCACCGACAGCAACAGCACUAACAGCAACACGUGGCAGCUCAUGCUAGCAGCAUACGACACCAAACUGGCAACAGAAGAGGAGGAGCGUCGGCGGGAGGCGGACGGGCCCGGCGGCAUUGACACAGACUCAACAUGGGUGCAGGAGAUGGGCUGGGCCAGGCAUCUCGAGGGCAAGGAUCUGGUGGUGCUGCACGACGCCAGCUUGGGCCCGCUGUUGAGGGACGCGCUGGCAAGGCUACGUGACACAGCAGCAAGGGACAAACAGCAGCAGCUGACACGGCUCGGCGAGAGCUUUGACCGGGAGGUGGCGCGGUGCACGGCACGGCUGGAGCUGGUGCCGCACGAGACGCUGCAGUGGCUGGCAAGCAUCGACCCGGGUAAGCCGGCCGGGCGGCCAUUCGGCGUCAAAGAACACGCCAGCUCAAUGGACCAGUAUAAGGGAUACUGGAAGCGGUAUCUGUGCUACUGCGUACAGACGCGGCAGCUGGGGCGGGAGGAGGCAGCAGCGCAGCACGGGGUACGAUUUUCUGACGCACAGUGGGACCGGCUGGAGGCGGUCGCUCAGCUACUGGAGAACGUUGCCAAUAAUGUCGGUGUUGUCGCCGACAUGGAAGAAGAGGAUAACAACGAAGCUAAAAAACAGGCACAUGCGCUAGACCGGCUAGUCUUUCUUUUCUGUAUCAGCUCACUUAAACAGAAGAUAGCGUUCGAUGUAUAUGUCAACCCACUGCUUCACUUUGCCGCUGUGCUAGGGAUCGACAGGCCGCGACAGGCAUGGAAACAGGCAAAGGACUACACGGGCCAGCUUGCCGGGAUCAUGUGGUGCGGGCGGCUACUCAUAUUGGAGCACGUUUUUGAGGACCAGCCGGAAGACCCGAGCGAGAUGGACAUAGAGGUGGCCGAGCAGUUCAAGGAGGAAUAUCGGCAGUGGCUGGCAGACGGGUCAAACAGCCCGUUCAGCACGAUGAUCCGGUGGAUGUCGUACGGCAAGGGACACCGGCAGAAGGAGGGUGGCACAGCACGGAUUGCGAGUUCAGGGGCGCAGUGCAAGCCGGGGCGCGAGGCCAAGCGGCUGAUGGACGGGCUGUUCUUUCAGCGGUGGGCAGAGGCGCAGGCGUCGGUCGACACAAGCCGGAUCGUUGAUAGCAUGAUAUACAAGGGGCCAGAACGGUCGUUUACGACGGGCAGCAAGAAUGACUGGCUGCGGCCCGGGUACCGCCGAAUAGCGGAACUGGCACUCAAGACCGGCAGGCUAUGGGACGCGCAGAAGGGCCAAUAG